AUUGUUCAUGUGGGUAUUAUAUAUAUAUAUAUCCUUGCAAUUUAGAAGACGGAAACCCAAAAGCGAAAGAAAAUGGCGAGUGGUGGUGCCGACGGUGGAAAGGUGUCGUUCAAGGUCACUCUCACCUCCGAUCCGAAGCUUCCCUUUAAAGUGUUUAGCGUCCCAGAAGCAGCCCCAUUCACCGCUGUUCUCAAAUUCGCUGCCGAAGAAUUCAAAGUCCCUCCCCAAACCAGCGCCAUCAUCACCAACGAUGGUGUUGGAAUCAAUCCUCAGCAAAGUGCAGGCAAUGUCUUCCUUAAACAUGGGUCAGAACUGCGCUUGAUUCCUCGUGACAGAGUUGGAGCUUCUUAGAUAUUAUCUUAGAUGCAGUGAAGACACUAGUCUAUCACAUCCUUCAGCAUUUCUGAGUUCUAUCAACUCCAUCGGUUUGGCAAUUUGUCCAAUGACGCUCUAAUCUACAUUUUAGACUCGCAUGAAAACUGAAAGCAAUAAUGUUUACAAUAUUUGGAUUCCAAAGAUAUCCAUUUUCUUUAUGUAAUGAAGAGUAGUGUUUUGAAAAUUGACUGAAAUUUCAAUCCCCUAGCACAUAUGGAUAUGAUAGUGUUGCGUUAUGAUUGCCAAUAACACUACCAAUUUAUAUUAAAGUUUUAACAUCCUAUUAAGCCACUGUUUAUGA